ACAGAUCCAGCACAAUGGAAGAAGACCUGGAUGAGGGGCAGACCCAGAAAGGAUGCCUUGAAUGCUGCAUCAAAUGCCUGGGUGGGAUCCCGUACCCAUCUCUCAUAGCCACCAUCUUGCUGUACGCGGGCGUGGCUCUGUUCUGCGGCUGUGGACAUGAGGCCCUGUCUGGCACCGUCACCAUCCUCCAGAACUACUUCGAGGUGGUGCGGAGCCCCGUGGAUGCACUGGACGUCUUCACCAUGAUUGACAUUAUCAAGUACGUGAUCUACGGCAUUGCAUCGGCUUUCUUCGUCUACGGCAUCCUGCUGAUGGUGGAGGGCUUCUUCACCAGUGGAGCCAUCAAAGACCUGUACGGAGACUUCAAGAUCACCACCUGCGGACGCUGUGUCAGCGCUUGGUUCAUCAUGCUGACAUACAUCUUCAUGCUGGCUUGGCUUGGAGUGACUGCUUUCACCUCCCUCCCAGUCUUCAUUUAUUUCAACAUCUGGAAUAUUUGCCAAAAUGCUACCGUGCUGGAGGGGGCCACACUCUGCCUGGACCCACGCCAGUAUGGUAUUGUGCCAAUUGCUGAGGCGAAAACAGUUUGUGCUGGAUCAGAGAAGUUCUACAAGAUGUGUGAAUCCAAUGAGCUGGAUAUGACAUUCCACCUGUUCAUCUGCGCCCUCGCUGGAGCAGGAGCUGCUGUUAUUGCCAUGAUCCACUACUUGAUGGUGCUGUCUGCCAACUGGGCCUACGUGAAGGACGCCUGCCGAAUGCAGAAGUACGAGGACAUCAAGUCAAAGGAGGAGCAGGAGCUUCACGACAUCCACUCCACUCGCUCCAAGGAGCGUCUCAACGCCUACACAUAA